GAGUAUUCUGGGGUGGUUGGCUCUCUCUACGUACGGUAUUAUCCUUGCAUCUCAGUCUGGUAUGUGGCUCCGGAUCGGGAUCCUCCGGGUCGCGAUGGCCAUUUUUCUAGUCGAGGCGGCGGUGAAGGUAACGCGAAAGUUCAUCGAGGAUUACUACGUGAGAGACGUUCCCUGCUCGUUGAUGAUGCUACAGCUUGCGCAGGGCAAAGCGCACUACGGGUACCUGCGCGCCGCUGGCGCGCUUCGACUGGGGGGGACGCUCGCGCAGCUGACGCUGUCCAUCUUGCUGGUGUACCUGGUCCAUACGCAAGGGAAGAGGGGGGGGGAGGCAAAGGCGGGGGUUCGGAGACUGGAACAGCUGAUACAUUUCGCGUACGCCGCGGUUUUCGCGCAGAUCCUUCUCUCCUGUGUCAUUUUCAUCAUUACCCCUUUCUCGAUCUUUUACUACUCUGUUACCCUGCCGUUGAAGAGAAUGGUGGCGGCAAGGCGGCAGCGCGUGCGCGUUCUCCCCUUGAGAGCCGGCGCAGGGGGAGUUGCCCCCGUGCCCGCUUCUCCGCCCAGCCCGGCCCCUGCGCCCGGUCCUCCUGCCACCGCACCCCCGCCCCGCUCCCCCCCUUCCCCCCCCGCCGUCUCCGCCAGCGGGGGAGGAGCAGCAGCGGAGACUCUGACGGGGGAAGGGGAAGGAAUGCAGAGGGCGGGAGAAGCCGCAGCCUCAGGAGGGGAGGCAGCGGCAGAAGCGUCAGCCGAAGGCCGCGCCGGCGGGGAAGGAGGAAGCGGAGGAGGAGGAGCGGGAGGAGAAAGCAAUCAAGCGGACGGGGAGAAUGCGCAGCAGGCUCAGAAUCCGAUCCACCCACCUCCUCCUCCUCCUCCUCCUCCUCCUCCUCGAUGCCCGGAAGCUGACGAGGAGGAACGAGCGCUGAGAGAAGUACCAGCACUCGUCUGGUAUUUCCACUGCCAUCGCCAUCCUAAACUUCUUCCUGUGUGCGCUUUCCGCAGAGAGGACUGCAACUGUGGUCUGCCUGGCCAUUGGUUCCUGAGCUUGAGAGAGCUCAUUGCCAUUGCUCUGUCCCGCAAUGUUGAUGAGGGAGUGAGCGCAGCCGUUUAUCAGGAGAUGGCCUUGGAUGCUCUCGGCCGCGUUGUCCAGUCUGCUGAUCCCUUCGCCUGCGAGUUAAUCGUUGAUGCCGAUCGAGGUGGAUUCGACCGGAUAGUGAAUGUGAUCACCGAUCACGCGUCUCUGCCAUGCCGAGAGCGCGCCGUCUUGAUUGUCUGGCAAUUAACGAAUAUGAGUAGGUUGGCGGACAUGGCGGAGGAGAAUGGGCAGAGGAUGUACGACCCGCUCAGGAACGUUACCUCCUCUCCGCGGCUGGCUAAGGCCGGGCUCGUUCUGCUCGACGCGGCGGUGCGCAAAUCCUCUCCGCUCAUGCAGGAGAAGGCCGUCGGCGCGCUUUGGCGCCUGUGUCGCAAUCACCGCAUGGUGGCGGAGUGUCUCUUCUCCGGAGUGGAGGGGAAAGCUCGAAUCGAAGAGUUGGUUGAGCUGGCGACCAACGGACCGACUGGAAGAACGUGUCUCGAUACGUUGUAUCUUCUCAGUCGGUUGAUGGCGGAUUGCGCGGCGCCGUACGCGCAUUACACGCGCUUGCGCGAGAUUCGAGAUUACCGAGGGUUGUUGGUGGGGGCGAUCGCGCGGGAGGGGCGGCGUCGGGAGCCCGUCCGCGGCAUCGAGGGCUACCGCGGUCCUCAGCGAUUCUGGGUGCCCCCCGCGCGCGCGGCCUUCCGCGAGUCCCGCGCGCUCCCGCGGCUGAUCGGACUUGCGCUCUCCCACGCCAGCUCCACCGACGGCAAAGAGCUCAUCGCCGUCAUCCUGCAGUGUUAUUACGAGCUGGGAGCGGCCAAUCUCUUCCCCUUCGAGGCCAAAGAGUUGGCGCGCAUCUUACAGGUCCGCUACUACACCACUGCGCCCGAGCUCCUCUACACCGCCAUGCUCACCAGCGAUCUCCUCUUGUCCUACCUAGAUCAACCUAACACCUCCACCACCGUAGACUUCCUUCCGAGACUCAUCGAACAGGACGACAGCACGUUGUUCCUGCAUCUGCUGCGCCUGGAGCUCGAGCAGUGGAUGGGACCGCACUUCGCGCUGCGCCUGGGCAUCGAGCGCAUCGCCGCCAGCUCCUCUUGGCGCCAAUUCACCGCUCCGCUCAGUCGCCCGCCGACUGUGCGGCACCUCUUCCGCUGCCCCGCGCGCUUGAUGGCCUACCUCCUUGCCACGUGUUUCGAUCUGCUGACCGUGGAGAUCGACGAGGUGGUCCUCGACGACCAAUCAACGACGCGCGCCAUCCAGAUUGACGUCAACACAAUAGACGAGGGGCCUGUGGCCGGAAUGACCGUCGCGGCAUUCUGGUUAGCUGCGCUUCUCCAUCGCGGAGAGACGUCGAGGACCAAAACCUACGCCUGCACGGCCCUCACCCGCUUGGCCCAAUACGAUCGACAGAGGCUGCGCCCCUCUGUCGUGGAAGGCUUGGGAUUCAUGCAGAGAGAGAACGAGAUCAAUGUAGAGGGAAUAGAAGAUGCGCCCGAGUUUCUGGUCCUUCAACACGAGCUUCAAGACAUUCUUCCCAAUCUCGCCGGAUUGCCCGCAUCGACGACGGAGCAGCAGGAGAUCCCGAUCAUCCAAGCCUUGUCGGAAGUCGGGACGAGCGAUGCAACGAGUGUUGCGUGAGUGGUAACGAUCAGAUGAUCAUAUACUACUAGUAAUAUGAGAGCAUACUUCGCCUUCCGUCUUUCCCCGAACACAACGCACCCUCAUUUUGGCUGUAUCUGGCCGAAAAUAUAGCUCGUAUACAUUCAUUUUUAGGGUGCGUUAUGUUCGGGGACUUCUUUUCAUCAACUCACCUCUCCUGGACGUGAUUGCGCUCAGAUGCAUCCAGCUCCGACUCUA